AUGCAAUCCAUCUCGGGCAUCAUUACGCAGGUCCGUGUAACAUCGGGUGAAGUGCCACCACCACUUGUUGGAGCGUCUGUUACGGUUGUUGGUGACAAGGUGUUUGUGUUUGCGGGCCGGCUGGUUUCCUCUCGUAAAAUGACCAACCACAUGCACGUUCUCGACAUUAACACACUGGUAUGGACACGACACAUUCCACCGCCGGACUCGGACAAACCGCCCAAACCUCGCUAUUUCCAUUCAGCCAGCGUCUUUGAAAACUCAAUUGUCAUGUUUGGCGGUAUGGGAUAUUCACGAGUGUCAGCUGACGGCCUUUGUGUGCUCGACGACAUUUCUGUAUUUGACAUUGAAACAAUGAGCUGGCGACGACCGGAAAUCAAGCCUUCGCUGUUUGCACCACGACCUCGUUAUGCACAUCUGUCAUCGAUCACGGAAAACAAGCUGAUCAUCGUCGGUGGGCAGGAUAUGAACAACAACUAUCUCGGCGAAAUUAACAUUUUGGAUUUAAAAGCGUGGGAGUGGGUCCAGGUGAAGAAUCUCGACAAACAUGUUGGCGCAUACAGAUCGAUUGCCAUCACUACGCCACCAGGAACUCGCAGCAACCACAGAGCAUCGCUUGUGCGGCAAUACGGCGAACUACUACAGAGUUCGCAGGAACCCAACCCCAUUUACUUGUACACCAACUACAACUUUGCAGACGUCAAGCGCGAAUUACAGCUCAUAUUCUCGCCCACAUCAGCAUCGUCUUCGAUCGAAGACUGCUCGUCCUUCAUGACCGGCUCUGUUAUGCCGCCUGGAUUGCGAUUCCCGACGGGGCACACGCUGGGCCACCAUCUCAUUCUCGCAGGCACAUACCUCUCGCCGCAAAGCCAUGCAUACACGAUCUGGUCGCUCAACCUGGGCACGCUGACAUGGUCCCGGAUUGAAACUGGCACCGUCUUUGGGUCGGGGUCGUGGAACAAGGGUGUCUUGCACGAAGACACGAACCGACUGCUGGUGUUUGGGCACAGGUCGCGCAACCUGCUGGAGGAUUAUAACCAUCGCCAGGUCAAUUUUGAUCAUCUUGCAACCGUGGAUCUCGAAGCAUUCGGGGUGUACAAACUGCCAAAAACCACGUGCUCCUCGCUGGCCCAGGAGAUGGGUCUCUCCUUGCUUAAUGAGCCUGCCGUCUCCGAUUUUCGCAUCAUCACUCGUGAGAACCAGUCCGUAUCCGUCAACUCGGCCGUCUUGUGCCAACGUUGGCCUUAUUUUGCCGAUCUCAUGAAAGCCAGCCGCGAGCCUGUACAAGACAAGGACUCUAGCCACAGCAUGGUCUUCCCUUAUCCUUACGCUGUCGUCGUCGCCUUGCUCCAGUUCAUCUAUACCGACAAUCUGUUGACCGCACAACAGUACCAACCACAUGUCCUCUCACAACUCUUGCUGCUUGCAGAUAUGUAUAAUCUCACCCGGCUGCGCGAACUGACGGCUCAUGCGCUCCAUCAAAUGCUCAACAUGUCUACAGCACCACUUAUCUUUGAAACGGCAGCCUUGUCGCACAAGACGAGUCUUCAAAUUCGCGCAUUAAAGAUGAUGAUUGCCGCGAAAAAGAUGAUCCAACAGCAGCAA